AGAUUAAAUUUAGAUGACUAAAUCUACAAUGUAACGCAUCUACAGCCGUUUUCAUCUACCUAUCACAUAACACUAAUCGUCACCCAGAUUAGGCGUGUCCAUUUAAUAAGUAGCUAUCAAUUACCGAGUCCUACUGAUAACGUCGUUCACGAUAACAAUUCGGCAGUGCCAACCACACCGCCACCAUGUGUGCGUGUCGCCAGAAGAAGGCUUCGUUCUUCAUCGAAGAUAUUCUGAAAGAUGCCAAGCCGUGCAAGAACAUUAGCAGUGAACCGAAAGAGCCAUUAACGUGUUCUGCCCGAGAAAACCCAGUCCAACGCAAAGCUAAUAAUUUAAAACUAGAAUCUGGCUUCAAUGAUGCAGCUCGAUUUGAAAGAAUCGAGAAAGAAACCCAAUUUAAUGUGAUUUGCGAGGUUGAAAAAGAACUAGAAUAUGGUAAAACUUACCUGGAACACAGGAGAAACACUUUUCCACUAUAUCCAACAGCCCUAAAACCAAAUUAUCCUUGGCCACCGUACAAGAAAGACACAGCCUUUGACAGGCAAUUCAGCUAUUAUAGUGACUCUAUGCUGAAUUCGGACCAUAUACUGAGGAGUCAGCUAGCUGUUAAUAGAUUCUUACCGCCGUAUGUCCCGCAACCAUAUGGAUUUAACAGAGUAUCUCCUGGGUGGAGCUCUUGGUGGGUGGGAGGCAGACGCAAGGGAGGGCAGGUGCGGUUCAGCGCAGGGCAAACCAGCGCUCUGGAGCGCAGGUUUAGCGCCAGCAAGUACCUCAGUCCGGACGAGAGGCGAGCGAUGGCAGCCAGCUUACGGCUAAGCGACAGGCAGGUCAAAACGUGGUUCCAAAACCGUCGUGCAAAAUGGCGUCGCAUGACUCCUGACUCGUCGGACAUCGGCAGCCCGCCCACGGAGGACAGCGACGACGACGUACAGUCGUACAGAUCGCGCGCGGAUGGGAGUUGA